GUGAUUUAAACAUGGCAGCGCGCACACAGAGGGCAGGAGCGCUGAUAGGAUUAGCGCGAAAUGUGCACUUUCAGAAUGAACGCAUGUUUUCAGUGUUCCCGGUGCGGUUACAGGCUGCGGGUUCAAAUGAUGACCUGCCCAAGUUUACUCCUCCAGCCAAACCGGUGAUCGUGGAUAAAUCGAGGCCGGAAGAAGUGGUGCGACGGUUUGUCAGUCCGGAGUUUAUUCCCCCUCGCCAGCGCACCAACCCGCUGAAAUUCUUCCUCGAGCGCCAAGACAUGAUCCAGAGACGCAAAGCACUGAACAUUCCUGAGUUCUACGUGGGAAGCAUUUUGUCCGUCACUUCGUCAGACCCAUACGCCGCGAACAACACCAAGCGCUUCGUGGGAAUCUGCAUUCAGCGCUCUGGGAAAGGACUCGGCGCCACCUUCAUCCUCAGGAACAUCGUUGAUGGACAAGGGGUGGAGAUCUGCUAUGAGCUGUACAAUCCUUGCAUGAAGCACAUCGAGGUGCUGAAGCUGGAGAAGAGACUGGACGAUAACCUGAUGUACUUGAGAGACGCUCUGCCCGAAUACAGCACCUUCUCCUUCGACAUGAAGCCUGUUCACCUGCCGCAAACGCAGGACGUCCCCAUCAACCAGCUGAAGGUGAAGAUGAAGCCUCGUCCGUGGUCCAAGCGCUGGGAGCGUCCCAAAUUCAACAUCCAGGGAAUCCGCUUUGACCUCUAUCUAACCCCGGAGCAGAUGAAGCAUGCUCAGGAGUGGGCGGAGCCGUGGAGGAAGUACGACAUGCUCAUGGAGUAUGACACUUCCUCACUGGAGGAGAAGAUCUACCAGGAAGUGCAGGCGGCGCUUAAAAAGUGAAGGCACCAGGCAACAAUCUCCUGCCUCCAGUCUGGCGUUUUGGGUGAACGAUCUUAAAGCGGACUCGUACAGCAAGGACAUCGUGAUCCGUAAAGCCGUGUGUGUGUUUGUUUGUAUCCGUAAAGUGAAAUAAAAUGUAUUUGUGUCA